CUUCAUCUUCACAGCCUACAUUGUCACAAUUUUGAAGCAUCCUGCUACUGAAUUAACAUCCUUUAACAUUUUUAUCAAACUUUUCCUAUUUUCUGCCUUCUGUCCAUUUCAUCCUUGUUUUUAAAAAGGUUUGAAAUCACAAUGAGAAAGACCGGAACAUCAUCUCGAAACGUAUCACCUCGAUCUAAUCUGUAUGAAGAGGGUUCAAGCACCAGUGGGCCUAAAAUCCCUGAGCGAACUGAACUAAAGAUUUUUUGCAUUGUUGAGGGAGAAGCAACGCCUUUUCCUGUAAAGAUUCCUUCCAAUUGUUCGGUCGGCGAACUCCAGCAAGCCAUCAAGGCACGGAAAUCCAAUGCAUUUAAGGAUAUCGACGCUGACCAGCUCACUCUCAAGCUCAUCCCCGGCGGCACAACGAAGAAAGGAUUGGAAACAUUAUCCGAAGAAUCGCUUGUAGCGCUCGAUGAACUUGAAGAACUCAGCACUUAUUUUCCAAACGGUGCAGCAAAAGGUCAUAUUCACAUCAUUGUCAAGCUGCCGCCGCAAGGUAUGUAUUUAGCUCUUGAUGGACUGAUAUUUUCAAAUUGAUGAAGCUUAUUUUCUUUCAUGACGUCAUUGAUUUGACUUCUGAAAGAUAACCCUUUAUGUUUGGGA